GCUCAGAUUUCUUCGUGUGUUUUGUGGAAAAUGCGUGAGGCUGUUUAGUGCAGAGAAAAGCCCUUUCAAAUUGAUUUUUACUGCCUAAAGUGAAGUUUGGAUUACAGUAGUGAUUCAGUUAUGUUUACUAGUGCCAUAAAUGGAUGGAGUGUGCUUGUAUUUUCUGCAAUUUUGAUAGUUUUCUCAAACCUAACCUUCAAGCUGAGGAAGAGAUUCCCGAUAAAGGUGAACUGCUGGUUUUGCAACAUAAACACAAGAGUACCGUAUAUUCAGAGAAAUUCAUGGAUUUGCAAGCAUUGCGAUCAGUAUAAUGGGUUUACUCCGGAUGGUGACUAUAAUCGAGACAUCCCUGCUCAAUAUUGCGCAAAAUUAAAUCGAACUCCUAAGCCACAGCGCAAGAGUCACAAUGAGACAUCGCGGGACAUUUCGUCAAAUGGCUUGUGUGAGAGUUGCAACCGAAAUCAGGAGCUGAAAGUGCAGCAAUUGGCGUCCUUCAUUCCGAGAAAUGAGAGGACAUUCGACAAAGAGGUGGAGGCGUUUAGGAAGCACCUGGACGAGGCAUAUUCAUUGUGCCCAGAAUGUAAAAAUGUGCUCAAAAGGAAACUCAAUAGAGUGAAGAGGAAGAUUCUCAGUCUCCUGACAAACACACUGAAAUCAGCAUCUGAGCGAAUUACAGUUGCCACGAGAGAUGAACCCUUAACAGUGAUGCACAAUGUUGCAAUCUAUGCUGUUAUCGCUAUGGCGGCGUUGAAUUUCCUCAAGACGUGCCAACGAGCGAAAUCACAGCUCGAUUUCAAUGAGGCACUGCCAUCGUGGGUGGCCUAUGCAGAAAGCCUCGUUCAGUACACUUCGGCGACGCUGGAGAUUCUUCUUGUUCUGGCAAACUACUUGAGCUCGCAGUUUUCGGCACUUCUUAUGAACAUUUUCACCAUUAUCAUCACUCCAGUGUCAGCGAUGUUGGAUCCUGCCAAUAUUCUCGAUGGCAAAUUUGUUGAAAGAAUGACUUUCGAUGAACACUUUGCCAUCCAACUCCUGGGAGUUGUCUUAUCGCUAUGGAUUCUGAUUGAGAGCAAUUCUGGUCAUCAGAAGAACAAGGCAAUCGCGAUGUUCGUGGUUUGGAGUGCGAGUCUGCUUGAUAACUUCCUAGAACAGCAUUCUUUGCUGACAGAUUUAUUCUUCGUUCUGCUGUCUGUGACUACUUUAGCUGCUUCUUGUUGGAAUGUUUCUGAUGAGUCAACAAGUGCUCGGGAUAUUGUGGACAUGAACAAGAGCUUUCACCGCAUUUACUCAGACUGCAGUGACGUCGAGGAAGAGGAUGAAUCUGAAGAGUUGAGCACAGACUCUGUGAUAUUCCGCGAUAACAAACAGCAUUCUAUGCGGAAGUUUAUCGACAGCAAACAUUCCUCGCCCGUAUCGCCGAAGGAGCGAAGUAACGAGAGUCUCAACGAUACUUUUCACUCAGUCACUUCCAGUUUCCCGAGGAAUCAUGGGGAGACAGAUGGUCGCAGCAGCAGGAACAGCAUCUACUCGCCGAGUAUACGCAAGAGUGCUCACAAAUUUGGCGAAUGCACACUCAAGCCGGCCAAUUCGUUGGACAAUAUCUCACUCUUCAAUGAUACUUUUUACAGUUUCGACAAUAGGAGUCACUUUAGCGACUUGAACUCCACUUUCAGUGACUUCAAGUCCGUCCAGGGAUUGCCGACGGAGGAGGUUAACUCGGCAAUUAGAAAACUGAGGAUUGAUGAUGCUGGAGGAUUGACCAGAGUGUCUCAGUUGAAUCUCUGGCAGACUGCAAAUCCACUCAACCAAAUGCACCAACAAAGACCGACUUUUGUCAUGUCGCACGCAAAAAUGCCUACUCAAAGCCUGACGUCGCAGAACUCGUGGGUUGCCGGAGGUUUCUGGAGUGGCUCACCGAAGAAAUCUCUCAUUCGCAGUCACAUCCUGAAUACUGCCACUGUGGAUGAAGAGUUCCAGCUAGUUGAGUCGCGCUGCUCGUCUCAAUCGUCUGGCUUCGAGUCCAGGCCCAAUUCUGUCCAGGAGAAUGGAGGGACACAGAAUAACUCUCGCGAGAGCUCAAUUUGUGGCGAUGCUGAGAUCAGUUCGGCAUUUGCUGAAGCACCCCAGAGGAACUUUAAUAACAUUCCUCUGUACGCUACCAAGAGGAGUGCUAAUUUAAUUAAUAGACCAAGUCCUGUGUUCCCAGUCAUUAACUCCAGCACACAGGCGUUCAUCCAUCCUUCUAUGUUCGGGAAGAACUAACAUACCAAUGCUGAUUUGCAUUGAACACUAAACUGCCAAUUCUGUUAUAUUUUGAUACAGCGGAGAAGAGUUUUGGGUUAAUCAAUCGUGUUGAACUUAAAUUAAUUAAUGCAAAGAAAGUGAAUUUAUGGGCUUUUUCUAUUACUUUUGUUUCUGUGAAUAGGUUAAUAAGCGAAUAUAUAAAGUAUGUUUUUGUGAAUUAAAUAAAAUAUCAUGAAAUAAAAGAAAGAAAAUAA